CCGACCUCCUCCACCUCAUCACCGCGGGUAGCCACCCUACUGGAGCCCGGUUUCUGCGUUGUGUCUCCAUCCGGCGGGGAUGCAUCGGACGAAUCCUCGUCGUCCGUACCGGCCGCUUCGGAGCUGACCUGCAGCAGCAACCCUGGGGAAUUUCAGGAGACCGGUUUUGAACGCAGCUUCGGACAGUCAGCCCUUCAGACAUCGGAGGGGUUUCAGACGCUACUUCUACACUCCACCAAAAGACUUCUUGGUCAGGAAGGAGGCAAUGCAGGAAGGACGGAGGAGUUCGCGACUGCCCUAGGGACAGAAAAGAACACUAAUCUGGCGAUAAAACGACGAAUGUUCUUUGCGGAUCCAGUCCACAUAUGUAUGCACACAGAAGCUGUAGAGAACCCGAAGACACUUCUGUAA